GGAGGGGCCGCGGCCCCUGACAGCUCCCGCUGGGGGCUCCGCGGCCGCAGCCCCCGGGGCUCCCCGCCGCUGACAGCCCGGCCCCGCCGCUCCCUGCCCCCGGAGCUGCUCCCUGCCGCCUGCAGGCAGCGCUGGCGGCGGCCCCGCCGGUUCCAGCCCCGCACCGAGCGGCUGUGCCGCCCCAGGAAUGCGCCCCGGUGGCUUGCCAUUGUUCCGGGGAGCUCCGCCGGGUUUGGGCGCCUGUGCGUAAAUGGUUCUUAAGGCUGCCCUGACGGGAGGUGCUGCAGGGUGAAGGUGUUUGUGCCGGGUUUGGGAAAAAAACGCUGCAUCUUUAGCUUCUAACGCAGAUCUGCCUCGCUUUCGAGUUCUUGGCCUGGCUGCGGUGUUAAAUUCUUACAAGGAACUGCUGUCAGGCUCAAGGCGGAGAAAAGGAAAAGAAUGAAGGAAAUUAACUGCUGAAGUACUGAUCGAGUUCUGCUAUUCUUCAAUGAGGAACUACAGGCUGAUCUUUUGCCAUAAUCUUAAACAACCAUAAAUGACAAAAGAAUGCUUGGUCAGUGAGGGCAGCUGGCGCAGAAAACGUUUUUCAAACUCGGCUGUUUAAGUACUCUGAGAAAAGACAGCUUUGAUUUUUGGCUGCAAAAAGAUAUGAGGAAGAGCUCCUCCCCUUCCUUGAGUAACUGCAACUCUGUUCUCGCUAACAAAAUAUUUGGAAUUCCACUUGAUGAGCUGCAGCAAGAAGGGCAACCAGACAAUGAGGUUCCAUUCAUAGUCCGCCAUGUAGUGGACUAUAUUGAGGAACAUGGGGGUCUGGAACAAGAAGGACUUUUUCAAGUCAAUGGGAAUGCUGAGACAGUGGAGUGGCUUCGGCAACGAUAUGAUAAUGGAGAAGAUGUGGACCUGGUUAAAGAAGCAGAUGUACCCUCAGCUAUUAGCCUUCUUAGAUUUUUUCUUCAAGAACUUCCAGAGCCAGUUAUCCCAGGCAGCUUGCACGCACAUUUGAUGCAACUUUCUCAAGAUUAUAACAAUGAAGAUGAAUUUGGAAGAAAAUUGAGGUUCCUCUUGCAGCAGCUUCCACCUGUUAAUUACAGUUUGUUAAAGUUUCUGUGUAAAUUUUUAGCCAAUGUAGCAUCGCAUCAUGAAGAAAUCUGGUCAGCAAGUUCUUUGGCUGCAGUCUUUGGCCCAGAUGUUUUUCACAUUUACACAGAUGUGGAGGAUCUGAAAGAACAAGAAAUAGUUAGCAGAAUAAUGGCGGGACUUCUGGAGAACUACUAUGAAUUCUUUGAAAAUGAAGAAGAAGAUUUUUCAUCUACUAAUGAUUUAAGCUCAAUAACUGAGCAGAUAAAUGAUCUCUUAGAAGAGGAGGAAGAUGUAAAGCUUGAGCAGUCGGAAGAACUUCCAGAAGACGGCACAGAGAAACCCGUUGAAAGGCCAGCUGUGGUGCAUCUAGAUAUGACAGGGAGUAUCUCGGAUUCCAGGAGCGUUACAGCAUCAACAAGUGCUCAUAUCUCUCCCAUAAGUAUCUUGCCAGCCUCUGCAGACAUUUUAGAACGAACAAUUAGAGCAGCUGUGGAACAGCACCUUUUCGACCUGCAGAGCAGCUUAGAUAACGAUCUUAAACAUAUACAGCAACACAGACUGGGCUGUAACAAUGAAGCAAAAAAUCCCAGCGGGGAUGAAGAAGGAUCUAACAACCAGAAUGAUGUUAUUGAAGAUAAUGACACUGGUAGCAGUGAGAACACAGGAGGCUGCUCUGAAGUAUUGGUUAGCACAGAUUUAGACAGUGAAGCUAUGAAACACGAUACUGUAACCGAGGAAGAAGAAAGCGUUCAGGUGCUGGCCCUUCCUUCUGCUCAGUUAAAGGCUGCAGACGUAUUAUUGAAGCAAUGUGAUAAAGAUGCAGAUGUUGAUGGAGAAAAUAAUAUUGAAAGGCAAAAUAGUAUUUUGGCUGGUGGCAGUGAUAGAGGAUCUUCAGAGAUGCUUCUGGAUUCAAGUAGCAAGACUUGUGAUCUUAAUGCAAAUACUGAUUCAGAGGUGUCAGGGGAUGGUGAUGUUUAUGUUUCUGAGGAAGCUCUGGGUGUCCAAAUACCACGUCUAGAUCUGAAGAAUGCAUCUGAUGGUGACAAAUGGGAAGAUCCAUUUCCCGCUUUCAAAUCUUGGCAGGAAGACAGUGAAUCUGGAGAAGCUCAGCUUUCCCCACAGGCUGGAAGAAUGACAAAUCAUCCAUUGGAAGAGGACUGUCACCCAAUACUGUCGCAUCGUAGUUUGGAUUUUGGGCAAAGCCAGCGUUUUUUACAUGAUCCAGAAACGCUAGAUUCUUCAUCCAAAGCACUUUCUUUUGUUAGAACACGAAGAGCAUCCUUCAGCUCAAAAGAUGACAAAAGGGAAGACAAGACGCCUUAUCAGCUUGUCAAGAAAUUACAGAAAAAAAUAAAGCAAUUUGAAGAACAAUUUGAAAAAGAGAAAAACAGUAAGCCCUCCUAUAGUGAUAUUGCAGCCAAUCCUAAAGUUUUAAAAUGGAUGACUGACCUUACCAAAUUAAGAAAGCAAAUAAAAGAUGCAAAGCAGAAGAGCUCAGAUGGAGAAUUCAUACCUCAAACACGUCCACGGAGUAACACUCUUCCAAAAAGUUUUGGUUCUUCUCUUGACCAAGAGGAUGAAGAAAAUGGAGAUGAGAUGCGUGUUGUGCAGAAAGAGAAGAAGCCCACCAAGGAAGCUACACUUGAACUCAUUUUGAAAAGAUUAAAGGAAAAACGAGUUGAGAGAUGUUUGCCAGAAGAUAUAAAGAAAAUGACAAAGGACCAUUUGGUAGAAGAGAAAACAUCCCUCCAGAAAAGCCUCCUGUAUUAUGAAAGUCAACAUGGACGGCCGGUUACUAGAGAAGAAAGACAUAUUGUGAAGCCACUUUAUGACAGAUACAGACUUGUAAAACAAAUGUUAACUAGAGCAAGCAUUACUCCUAUUCUUGGUUCACCAUCAACCAAGAGGCGGGGGCAGGUGUUACAGCCUAUUAUUGAAGGUGAAACUGCACAUUUUUUUGAAGAAAUUAAGGAAGAAGAGGAGGAAAGUGAUGGUUUGUCUGCGGACCUGAAUGAUAUCUUAAAAACUGCUGUCCAAACACAGUCUGUUUUAAGCCCAGUGGAGAACUCAGAGUCUGAUGUUGAAGAUGGUCAAGAGAAACUGACCCGAGACCUUAGGCUGUCAAGCACCCGAGCUGCUUCUAUGCCUGAGUUAUUGGAGCAACUGUGGAAGGCCAGAGCUGAAAAAAAGAAGCUACGCAAGACAUUACGAGAAUUUGAAGAGGAGUUCUAUCAGCAGAAUGGAAGAAAUGUACAGAAAGAAGAUCGUGUUCCAAUGCUUGAGGAGUACAGGGAGUACAAGAAAAUUAAAGCCAAACUUAGGCUGUUAGAAGUCCUAAUCAGCAAACAAGAUUCUUCAAAAUCAAUUUAACUUGCGUUCCUCCAGAACAUUGAAAAACGUUUCCGUAUGCUACCACUGUACUUAUCGGGUGCUUAUGUUCAUUUGUCAUGCACUGUUGAAAGAAUCCAGUUUGUGCACUUUAUUGUGGUGCCACUAUAACACGUUUGAGCGGUAAGUAGGUCCUGUCUAGGGAGCAAAUAAGAUUUGUAAGUUUGAGACUGCGCUAUCCAACUUUAGCAAACACAAUUUCCAUCAACAUUUUUGUAUUAGAUGCAUUCAUCUUGUUCCAAAACAACUGUAGCAUUUUGUUAUUUAGCAUUCAAGAACUCAGAGACUUUUGUUGUUACUAAGCUUUUGCAUUAUAGAAGAAAUUAUUUAAACCAUAACGCUACACUGAACUACUCCUGUUGCCUAUUUUAUUGUAGGGUGGGAAAGAAGUCAGCAAAUUAAAAAUGCAGCUCUUUUUCAGGAACGUUUAAAAACCAGCCUGAAAUUCCUUCCAAAGAACUGCUGUGGAACAACUUUAAGUUUUAGUAAAUUGCAUCUAUAAUAGUAAUAAUUACUAUCUGUGGAUUUUGCUUGUUAGUGGUCACAUUUCCUCCUUGAUAAAGAUUACAGUGGACAAACAAGAAAGUGACCUUACGUAGUGUCUUCUAAAACUUGGAAAACUGAAAAGUUAUAUCACAUGCUGCCUACAGGACUUACGUUAGUUACUGUCGUUCAUUCUAUGGGUUAUUGUUUAUCAGCUAGUGGUGACAUAAUGUUUUGUCUGAAUUGGAUACUGCAUCUCCACUUCCAGAAGAUAUUGAGGAACAGGAUGAACAUUUCAGUGUGUGGGAAAUCUGAUGUUGCUCAGACUUGCGUAGCUCUAGCAGAAAAGAGCUGGCUUAGGUCAGUUAAAAAUCCGCUCUACCUGAAACAAGUAUGGUAUCAAGGGCUAAAAUCAGCGUAGUUCAUGCGCACCACAGGGUGAACUGAUGGUUUUGAGUGAAGAAGUUACUGGUGUUUAUCACAGUUUUGUUUUACAGUUGGAGAAUAAAAAUAAGUUAUCUAACUCUUAUGAUGUAAGCAAAACAGUUUAUGGGCCUUGCAUGAUUUAGCUUCAGAGAUGAAACUAAAUAAUGUUUUGAGCAUCACAUCUGCUGUGCUGAAUGAUGAUUUAGCUAGCUUUUUGCUCUGCAGCAGCCAUCAGCAGCUGUUUUUGAUCUGGCAAAAUCCAAGUGUUAAUUUUAUCUGGUGCUUUCUCAAUUUUUUUCUUCAGUGUAUCAGUUUGAUCGUGGCCAUGUUUUGCAUGCACCUCCUCUCACUGCAUGUUUUUAUGACUGGCUGAUGUCAACAUAGCUAUUACUCACACUGCUUUAUGAAAGACCAAAAAUGAACUUUCUCACAAAGAAAAAAGUGGCUAGCAUGUAACCUCAUAGACUUGCUAUUCUGCCAUGAAGCAUAUGAAAUAGAUUGAAAAUAGGGGUUUUAGUGCUCAGAUUUCAUCUGAGUACUGUAGAAUACUUCCCGUUUUGUUUUACUCUGCUUGUAGGCAUGUAAUUUUGGAAUUCAGAAAAAAAAAGCACUAAAACUAUUGAGCACUGGUGGUAUGCCUUUUUUUUUUAAACAGCAAAAUGAUCUGGGACCUUAGAGAAUAAUGAGGUUAAACUAGUCUCGAGACCAUUUAUCAAUUUUAUUCAGUUUCAUUGUGCAAUGUACACUUCAGUUACUUUUCUAUCAGUCUGCAGACACGGGUGUAUCCAAACAUUGAAACUAAUGUGUACUGUAUAGUGUUGUACAUGAAUGUUUGUGUUUUAUAUACCACAUGCAGAAUGUCAAUAUGCACUAUUUAAAUGUUUUAAAUAAUAUAUUCCUCCUUUAUAAUGCUUAAAUCUAUAUGAUUCCAAUAUUUUUAUAAGUGAGUGAGUGAUCAGACUGGUUCCAAUUCAGAAUUAACAGCUGCUUUGUGUUUGUUAUGCAGUGUUUGGCUGUUUAUUCAGUAUAGUAGAUAAGCAUGGCAACAGUUAUGCUAUGAGUGUGUUUUGUGCCAUCCUUGUUGAGCAAUAAAUAAAUGGUAGAACUAGGCAUUUUGUGAUAUAACAGUUUUACUUUGGUAAAAGCAAAACCUAUAUAUCUAUAUGGAUAUAUAGAUAUGGAAUAUAUAUAUAACUAAACCAGAUGUAAUUGCAUUGCUAUGUCUGGUGCUCAUUGUAUAGACUUUUAUAAUAAAAGUACCUUAACCUUUAUUGUCAUAUAUCUUUGU